CGGUAGUAAAAAAAAAGUAUUAGAUUUCACCACUGAUCCCAAGUCAAAAGAAAAAUCCCUUACAAAGUUCGCCGCUGCCUCCCUUGGCAAACACGCCUUACUUUAGAGUCACGGCUUCCUUCCCCUCCAGCCAGUCCAGGUGACUGGAAGGCGUCGACCGGCUCGAUUCCUUUAAGCGCUCCUGAGCGGAAUCCACACAGAAAAGGCAAAGGUCAGACUCGGGCAGGGUUGGUCGGCAGUUAAUCGCAGGCUCGAGUCAGCAGCUUGAACUCCAAAGAUCAACUUUCGGGCCUUUUCUUGCGCGGAUCCUCCACCGGGUGGGCGCAAGCCGCCCCGCCAAGAUUGCGCAGGGAACUGGCGGGGUGGCUCGGAGAAGCAGCCCUACAAACCGGACCUCUUUUUCCCCCCCUUUCGGGGGCUGCUUUCAGAUUUUAUGGGCCGAAACGCGCGGGAAAUCCCUCUUCUGUGGUAAACAGGAUUAGGAUCCCCUCCGUGCGUGGGGAGCGGCAACUUGGAAGGCAUCGCCCCGGGGCGCUGCAUUUUUGGCGGGGCCGGGGCGCCCUCUCUUACGUCACCUCGGAUUAAACGCGGCUGGCUCGGCAGCAGCAGGAGGCUGGUGCGAGGCGCUGCACGGCAACCCGCGUUUUUCUUCUCCGUGGCUUUUCUUUCCCACCGGCCGGGACAGCCAUGCCGGUGACCCGCGGCUGUGGGAGCCUGGCGGGCGCUCUGCUCUUCUCCGCCUUGCUGGCCGCGGCGGGAGCGCAGGGCGGCUGCGGCGAGCUGGGGCGCUGCUGCUCGGGCAGGAGCCUGGAGUGCGCGAGCGCCGGUUGGCGACCCGACGGAUCCUACGGGCUCUGCUAUUGCGACCAGGCUUGCCUUUCCACCCUGGAUUGCUGCGGCGACUACCGGCACUUCUGCCCAGAGGUUUCCUGCCUGGUCUCUGCCUGGAGUGAAUGGAGUGGGUGUGCUGAACGCUGCAAGGCAGCUUACCGCCUCCGAAGGCGACAGGUGAUCCGGGAGCCCAGAAACGGUGGAGAAGCCUGCCCCCCUCUUGAAGAGAAGGCUGGCUGUCUCGAGUAUUGGACUCAGCAAGGAACAUUGUGCAAGGACUCCAUUCUCCCAGCAUUAAUAACCACCGGAGGCUACGGGAAAGCAAGGAGAAAGCGUGCUGUGGUCAGCGGAAAAGAAAGAGUUGGGUAUUGUGUUGAGUUCCAGCUCAUGGCCAUCACAGAAGGCUGCCUGCAUGGGAAUAGUUCCUAUACUCAUUGGAUGAAGUAUCUCAGUGAAGGACACACGGUGUGUGUGGAAUGUCAACAUCCAGCCCUAGAUCGCAAGAGUCUACACUGCUCCGGGGAUGGGAGUGGAGCUAAGAAGAACCAGCUACUGCACUGGCAGGCUGUAGGGAAUCCGAGAUGCAGAGGCACCUGGAAGAGGGUUCUUCAGCGGGAUACUUGCACUUGUCCUUCAGUUCACAGCUUCUUGUUCAUCUGACUUUCAUACGAUGCCACCAACUUUGAUUUUGUCACUACUGUAGUUCUCAUUUACAGAAAUUCAGGAGAUAAUAUGGAACCUGCUCCGUGGACUUUUCAACAUUCUUCCAAUGUCUGAAGCCCUACCUCUCACUCCCAAUAUUUUAUAUUUCAAAGUAUAUUGAAUAGCAGGAUUUAAAGAAGAAGCAUUGUAGGAGAGACCUAGGAUUGUUAAGGUUUUGUUCUGAAGGCAGACUCUGAUGAAUACGGAUGGGUAACCUUGUCAGGACUCAAUUCGGAUCACCCUCAAGGUGCAUAAAGCAGUUUGCUCUGAAAAUUAAAAUAUUUCACAUUUGUUCUGACCUAGGAUUCCUGAGACAGUAACAAAUCACAUGCUUA